GGACAUUGCAGUCCCAAUCACUCUAGGUGGAGAACUAACCAGAAGAAGAUUCAUCCUCUAUACUUCUUCCGUUUUUUAUCCGACCAAAGUCUUCGCUUUUUGCUCAACAAGACUGGAGAAUCAGUCGAAAUUGAUACCUAAAAGCCAACGGUAUGCAUCAUUAUAUUCAUCGUCAUCAUCGGCACGUCAUUCUUGCGCUGCUGAAUGGUCUGGCGAUCAUCUCUGUCAUUUCUUCUGCCGCCGAUUACCCAACCGAGAACACGGCCGUGUCAUGCGGCUCUUCUGGAAAUAAGACUGCACACGACGGGCGGCUGUGGGUUGGAGAUAACACCUUCUCUUUAACGGGGAAAUCUUGGUCUUGUAGGGCCCAACACAAAGCCACCGUCUUGAUUGAUCCCGUCCCGUACCAGACAGCUCGGGCUUCUCACCGCCAGUUCACCUACCAGUUCUCUGUCCGGCCCGGCCCGAACUUUGUCCGUUUUCACUUCAACCCAUCUCCGUACAAGGGGUACGAGAAAUCCGUGGCCUUUUUUACGGUCAAAGCAGGGCCGUACACUCUCCUCCGAGGGUUUAAUCCUUCCCUCGCUGCUGCUGAUUCUCUGGUUGUCAGCAAGGAAUUCUGUGUUAAUGUUCAAGAAAGUCAACCCCUGUUGACUAUAACAUUCAUGCCAUCAUCACCCAUCAGCUAUGCUUUCAUCAACGGCAUACAGAUUGUCUCAAUGCAGACUGGUCUUUAUUUCACCCCAGAGGGGUCCCACGUUGUCGGCCAGAAACACAGAUUCUACAUUGAUACGACAACGGCUAUGGAGAUGGUGGUGAGAUUAAACGUGGGAGGACAUUCAGUUUCAUCUGGACAGGACAAAGAUGUUACCAUGUUUCAGGACUGGGAAGAUGACUAUGGUUACCUCCUUUCGCCUGGCCGCGGAGUAAGAGGGAUUGGUGCUUCCAUUGAAACCGCUAUGAGAAUAAAGCAUUCAGAGACUCAUAAUGUUGUUGCUCCUCUCAUGAUUUACCGAACAGCUAGGAAGAUGAAUGCUCAUAGGAAUGACGACCUCACGUGGAGAAUUAGAGCGGAUUUGGGAUUCAGGUAUCUAAUCAGGCUCCAUUUCUGCGAAUUCGACCCUGAAAUAUCAGCAAGCGGUGAGAGGCAGUUCAAGAUACUGAUAAAUAAUCAGGUGGCUGAGGAUAACGCAGAUGUGGUGAAAUGGAGCGGCGGACGUGGAGUGCCGGUGUUUAAAGACUAUAUAGCAGUGGGGGUGGGGGUGGAAGGGAGCGGGAAUCUGAUCAUAAGUUUGCAGCACAACUUGGAUGAGUUGUGCUGUAAACAGAGAGAAGGAAUUCUGAGCGGCUUAGAAAUAUUCAAGUUGAGUAACCCUGACAACUCUCUUGCUGCUACUUCACAAAGUUCAUUAUUAUCAAAGCAGAUUCCAGG